CGUGAAAGCUUCUUCUCUCUUCUCGACCUGCGUCGCAGCCCGCAGUCUUGUCGCCCUAAGCAGCUAAGCUCUUGCUCUUCCACAGCGAAGAAGGAUCCAAGAUGGCGGAUUCUAAGGCCGUAACAAUCAGGACGAGGAAGUUCAUGACUAAUCGCCUCCUCUCCAGGAAGCAAUUCGUCAUCGAUGUGCUCCACCCUGGAAGAGCCAAUGUUUCAAAGGCUGAAUUGAAAGAGAAGCUGGCACACCUGUAUGAAGUAAAGGAUCAGAACACAAUUUUCGUGUUCAAGUUCAGGACGCACUUCGGAGGAGGGAAGUCGACUGGUUUUGGCUUGAUCUACGACACAUUGGAAAAUGCCAAGAAGUACGAGCCCAAGUACCGGCUCAUCCGGAAUGGGCUUGCCACAAAGGUGGAGAAAUCAAGGAAGCAGAUGAAAGAAAGGAAGAACAGGACAAAGAAAAUACGUGGUGUCAAGAAGACAAAGGCUGGAGAUGCUGCCAAGGCUGGAAAGAAGAAGUGAGCUAAAUUGAAAUUACUACUAUUUAUUGUCCACUUGAAUUUUUCUCAAAUAGAGAUUGCUGUUGCACUCUAGGCUUAAAAUUGUGAACAUCUUAUGUGCUUAGUUUGGAGUUGAGGUUUUCUUACUUUGGACUUAAUCUCAGAAAUGUGAUGGUUUUGGCCUGUCA